AGGGAAUUAUCUCAUCUAGCGAUUGUCAGGCCUCAUUUUCAAGAAACUAUUUAGUUGCUGUCUAAGUGGAAUUUUUGUUUGUUUACGAGUGCGGUUUUAUUUUGUAAAGUGAUUCUAGUAUUUUUCUGUUUCUUUGUAUAAUUAUUUUAAUAGGACAUCCAGAUAAGAUUAUUAAAAUUAUUUUAAAAACUAAUAGUGUUUUUUUCUUGAAAAAUAACAUGAUGAAUGGAGGUUUAAGUUGUUCACAACAAUCUGUUACUACUAUAUUGUCAACUGCUGAUUCCAAUUGUCAAUCCGCUAUACCUGCUACAAUCAUGACUAAUGGUACAGAAAGUGAAUCCUUAUCAAAAAUAACAAAGCUUGAAGUCAAUGGAGUUUCAGCGUUUACUACUGCACCUUAUGAUUUCAAUCAAGUUGGAACACUUAUUUCAGGACCUGGUUCAAGACUUGGAAUAUUAGGUGCACUAGCUGCACCAUUAAUUAAGUUAAAUAGUGAACAAACUGAAGCUGUAGCUAAAGCAAAAAAAUAUGCCAUGGAACAAAGUAUUAAGAUGGUACUCAUGAAACAGACUCUUGCCCAUCAGCAACAACAAGCAAAAUCAUUUCAUCGACAUCAAGCUUUAAUACUAAUGUGCAGAGUUUACGUUGGUAGUAUAAGUUUUGAACUAAAAGAAGAUUCAAUAAAACAAGCUUUCUCACCAUUUGGGUGUAUAAAAUCUAUAAAUAUGUCAUGGGAUCCAAUUACACAAAAACAUAAAGGUUUUGCUUUUGUUGAAUAUGAAAUUCCUGAAGCUGCUCAGCUUGCCCUAGAACAAAUGAAUGGAGUUAUGCUCGGUGGUCGAAAUAUUAAAGUAGUUGGUCGACCAAGUAACAUGCCACAAGCUCAGUCAGUUAUUGAUGAAAUUCAAGAAGAAGCUAAACAAUAUAAUCGUAUUUAUGUAGCAUCUAUACAUCCAGAUUUAACUGAAGAUGAUAUUAAAAGUGUCUUUGAAGCAUUUGGUCCUAUAAGAACAUGUAAACUUGCCCAAGGAAGUACACCUAAUAGACAUAGAGGAUAUGGGUUUAUAGAGUAUGAAGGUCGUCAGGCUGCUAUUGAAGCAAUAUCGUCAAUGAACCUUUUUGAUUUAGGUGGUCAAUAUCUAAGAGUUGGCCGUGCUAUAACUCCUCCAAAUGCACUUCAUGGUCCUUCUUCAUCAAGUCACAUGCCUACAGCUGCUGCAGUAGCAGCCGCAGCAGCCACAGCAAAAAUACAAGCUAUGGAUGCUGUUGCUACAAAUGCUGUGUUAGGUUUAAGCAAAUUGAGUUCUCAACUAGGAGCUCAAUCUACUGUUUUACCAGGAUUGCAACAAUUGCCAACAACUUUGGGUAUAACUCCUACUCUACCCGCUGCUAAUAUACCACCCCCAGGAAUAGCUAUUCCUCAACAAAUAAGAGCUCCAGUACCAAUUAUACCAGUGAAUACUGGAUUAAGUCCAGUUAUGCAACAUUCCAUUCCUCCUCCAACAAUUGUGAAUCCUACACAAUUAGCUGCUCCACUAGUGUCAAGUAUAACAGUAGAUGCACAAAAACGUGCUGAUCAGCAAAAAAAACAAGAGGAAUUACAAAAAAAAUUACUUGAAGAGACAGAACCACAAACUCUUCAACAACAAGAAAACAUGUCAAUUAAAGGACAGAGUGCUAGGCAUCUUGUAAUGCAGAAAUUAAUGAGAAAAACAGAGAGUAGAGUUGUUAUUUUAAGAAAUAUGGUUGGUGUUGAAGAUGUUGAUGAUAGCCUUCAAGAAGAAAUUCAAGAUGAAUGUAGCAAAUAUGGCAUUGUUGAAAGAGUUAUAAUUUACAAAGAAAAACAAUCUGAUAUUGAAGAUGAUGACUCUGAUACCAUUGUAAAAAUAUUUGUUGAGUUUACACAGAUGCCAGAAGCUGAAAAAGCUUGCGAUUCUCUGAAUGGCCGAUUUUUUGGUGGACGUUUAGUUAAAGCAGAACUUUAUGACCAAGCUUUAUUUAACCAUAGUGAUUUUUCUGGUUAAAAUUUUGUAUCAAGGAUAUUAUAUUUUGUAAAUUUUAUAUUAUACUACUAGUGUUAAGUUCUUUACAUGCAUCAAUAAAGAAUAAUUGUAAUAA